AUGAAGGUAACACCACAUAAAACAGGCCUACGGCGAAGAUCCAGAUUCAGGAUUAAUUGGGAUACUCCUGUAAAGUUCUGUGUUCGAAUUGAUGAGAAGAAUUUUGUGCUAAAGGCCGUGGCAGAUACGUGUGAGAUGUUUUGCAAAGAAACCACCCUACACGGAGUACGGUAUAUUAUUGGGAAGAAGAAUCCUGAUGGAUACAAUAGACGCCUGAAGCAACUAACAACACUUAUUAGUAGACUGGUGUGGAUGACUGCGUGUGUUUCUGGAGCUAUUUUUGCCAUUGCAAUGAUGAGCCUGGUGUGGGAUCGCUUCCAAACAACACCUACUGUAACAACUGUUGAGACAACAAGUCAUCCUGUCUGGGACGUUCCCUUUCCCAGUGUAACCCUCUGCAAUAUCAAUAAGGUCUACCGACCCAAUACUCUCAAUAUCACACGAAUUCUCAUGGAAAAUGGCAUUGAGAUUGAUACAGUUCAGGAAUUCUUGGAGAAUCUAUCGAAUCUCAUAUCACCUGAAAACGUUGAUUCGAUCUACAUCAAAACUUACUCAAUUUUAGAAAAAUUCGGCUACAACACUGAACGCCUUAUGAUGGAAUUAGUUCAACCUUGUGAGAGUAUGCUAAAGCUAUGCUUCUGGCUUGGGAAUGAAGUUCCUUGUCACAGUGUGUUCAAACUCUCAAAAAGUUCCGAAGGUUUAUGUUGCUCAUUCAACUAUAGGGCACUCAAAUCCUUUCUUGAAAUAGAUAUUGAGACAAACGAUACAAUGGGAACAUCAGAGGUGUUGCAUGUGAGUGGAUCAGGACGAAAUGUUGGCCUACACAUAGUUGUUGACAUUGAACCAGAAGCAUCGGUUGCAAUGACACGCAACUACUAUGGGAUCGAAGUUAUGAUUCACGAUGCUGAGGAAUUUCCUCAAUCAUCGUGUACGAGUGCUGUGGCACAACCUGGGCAGGAAGUUGUGAUUGCCGUGAAGCCAUCAGUGGUAUCUAGUCGACCUUCAGUACGUGGGGUGGCUGUUCACAAGAGGAAUUGCUACUUCAACGAUGAAUACAAGCUUCGUGCUACCAAGAAGUACACGCUGAACUCCUGCAUUGCUGAAUGUCGUGUUGAUACGAUUGUGAAGAAAUGCAAAUGCUUACCAUUUUUCUUUCCUGACAUAUCCACAUUUGCCAAUGAGUACCGGCAGUGUGAUCUCCACGAUGUGGACUGUCUCAGGAAUUACAGAUCCAUCUUCGAGAGCCUCCAACCACCCUUAAAUACACCAGGAUUUAAUACAACAAUUGACAUUGGAAUAGAUUGUCCUUGCUUACCGAGUUGCUCAGAGCAGAACUACCAAAUCUCCGUAACAACAGCCAGUAGGACUCACACGGGGAUCAAGGAGCCACUCUAUGGGAAUGCAGAUCUCACAAAUCUUACCUCAAUUCUGGUUUACUUCAAGGAACUAACAUGCAUUGAAUACCGCCGUGAUCUCUACAUGUCCUGGGAUGGUCUUCUGGCAUCCUUUGGUGGUAUCUUUGGGCUUUGCCUGGGUGGAUCUGUUCUCAGUCUCGUUGAAAUGCUCUACUACUUCACAAUUAAGCUUUGCAUCAAUAUUAUCUCCUGCAAACGUAAAGCUGAUUCAGCUGCAAGAAUUACUCUUGGCGGCAAUCGCUGGGCUAUUCCACAGCAACCAAGGAAAAUUCACCUCCCAGAGGAUACGCACUAUCGUGCCAGAAGGCAGAUUGUUUGGUGA